AGUGGUCAUUUAAUGAAAACGGGCCCUGAGGACAAAAUAGUAUUAUUACAUCCACUAGAUAUAUAAUUAGAUACACUUGACACGAGCAAAAAGGAAAGAAAAUUACUAGUUACUUCUCCAUUUCCAAAAUUACUAGUUACCGAUAUUCCCAAUGAUUUAAUUAUCCGCCGCUGGUCAUCGGUCAUUCCAAUUUCCACAUGCCGCAUUCCUCGCCUUAAUUUUCAUAAUCAGCAUCUCCAGCAGCUCGCCAAUACAAAAUUGUCAACCUCCAUUUAGUCCAAACCCUAAACAUAACUAGUCAACUUAAUCCAACUGUACGUCCUUCCUCCUCCGGCCAUGGCCGGUAAGCCAAAAGAGAAGCAUUUCACCCACCUCUCAAUCCCCAAACCCCAGCUCCUCUUCACCCUCCUCUUCUUCUUCCUUUGGCUCAUCUCCCACCUUAUAUUUUACACCUCUUCUUCAGCUCCUUCUAAUGCUGCACUGUUUCCAGCAGAGGAUAAAAAAUGCGACCCCGACAUCGCACCAUUGUACAUCGUCCCCCUUCCGUCUCGCUUCAACUCCGACCUCCUCGUCCAAUGCAACAAUCUCAGUCCUUACACCGACAUGUGCCCCCAUGUCGCCCACCGUGGCCUCGGCCAACCACUCUCCCCUUCCUCCACAUCAUGGUACGCCACCCACCAGUUCAUCGCCGAGCUCAUCUUCCACGCCCGCGUCGAAAACCACCCGUGCCGUACCCAAGACCCUUCCACCGCCCAACUCUUCCUCCUCCCUUUCUAUGCCGGCCUCUACGGCUCUUCCCAAUUCUCCCAAACCAACCUUACUCUACGCGACUCACUCGCUCUCGACUUCGCAUCUCUCCUCCCCUUUCUCCCCACCUGGCCCCGCCGCCUUGGCCGCGAUCACUUCCUAGUCAUCGGCCGCACAUCCUGGGACUUCAUGCGCCCACCUCCCUCCACACCUGACUUCGGCGCCAACCUCCUCUUGCUCCUCCCCGAGACCCAAAACAUCUCCGUCCUCACCGUCGAACGCAUCCCCUGGAUCCCCCACAACCACUACGCUAUCCCUUACCCCUCUUAUUUCCAUCCUUCCACCGCCACCGAGGUUGCCGCGUGGCGUGCAUCCGUCCUAGCUCAUCCACGCACCCAUCUCUUCGCCUUUGUCGGCGGGCCACGACCGCCGAAUCUGGAGAAGGCCGCCGCCCGCGCUAGCAUUCUACGUCAAUGUGCCGCCUCCCCGACGCGCUGCAUCACAGUCGAGUGCCGGCCAGACGACCCGUCUACUUGCCACGACCCCAACCGCGUCCUCACCGUCAUGCGCCGUGCCGAGUUCUGCAUGCAACCACCGGGGGACUCCUUUUCGCGCCGAUCCGUGUUCGACGCAGUGCUUGCCGGCUGCAUUCCGGUCUUCUUCUCGGAGCACACUGCAUACACACAGUAUCUAUGGUACGCGCCGGCCCGGCCCGAGGAGUGGUCCGUUUUCCUUGGUCCUGACCGGUCGGAUCGGAUCGAAGAGGAGCUGGACAGAAUUCCUAAGCCGUCGGUGGCCCGGAUGAGGGAGAGAGUUGUGGAGAUGAUUCCGCGGAUGACGUACGCCCACCCGAACGCUAGCUGGAGGGAGCUCGGGUUCCGUGAUGCUGUGGACGUGGCGCUCAUUGAGCUGACGAAGAUUGUGCGGGGAAAUGUGCUGCAGGUGUAACUUAUAACGCUUCUAAACUCACCGACAAAAGGCAACAUUUUGCCUACCCCGUUGAUUGCACGGAAGUUGGCUUGACCAUAAAUGACGAAGUAUUUUCCAUCCGGAAAAGGCUUAACACUUGUGUUUUUCUGUGAAAUAUCAUCAAUAAAAUUGCGGAAAAAACACGAACUUUAUUUGGUGAGCGGUGAGGGUUUGUGAUCACUGUAAUGUAACUUAUAAUUAUAUUGUUAAUUCUUCGGCUGAUUUAAGUUCAUUUUA